AUCUCUGGUUCCAUGCCAGCGGGGAGGGUUUAAAUGGCACCCAGCAGUUGGCGUGAGGGGCCGCAGGAGCUUGGGGGCCGGUGGCAGGAACAAGUCUUUUCCGACCCCAUGGAGCUGUACGAGACACCCCCCUACUUCUACCAGGAGCCCCGCUUCUACGACGGGGAAAACUACCUGCCCGCCCACCUCCAGGGCUUCGAGCCGCCGGGCUACGAGCGGACUGAGCUCGGCCUGAGCCCCGAGGCCCGAGGGCCCCUGGAGGACAAGGGGCUGGGGACCCCCGAGCACUGUCCGGGCCAGUGCCUGCCGUGGGCGUGCAAGGUGUGCAAGAGGAAGUCGGUGUCGGUGGACCGGCGGCGCGCGGCCACGCUGCGGGAGAAGCGCCGGCUCAAGAAGGUGAACGAGGCCUUCGAGGCGCUCAAGAGGAGCACCUUGCUCAACCCCAACCAGCGGCUGCCCAAGGUGGAGAUCCUGCGCAGCGCCAUCCAGUACAUCGAGCGCCUGCAGGCCCUGCUCAGCUCGCUCAACCAGGAGGAGCGCGACCUCCGCUACCGGGGCGGGGGCGGGCCCCAGCCGGGGGUGCCCAGCGAGUGCAGCUCCCACAGCGCCUCCUGCAGUCCGGAGUGGGGCAGCGCACUGGAGUUCGGCCCCAGCCCAGCGGAGCACCUGCUCGCAGCUGACCCUACAGACGCCCACAACCUGCACUCCCUCACCUCCAUCGUGGACAGCAUCACAGUGGAGGAUGUGGCCGUGGCCUUCCCAGACGAAACCAUGCCCAACUGAGAUCGUCCGCCAGCCUGGGUGUCUGCGCAAGCCCCCCAAGCUGGCCACAGAUGCCACCACCUCCACAGCAGGGGCCUCCGGAGCCAGGCUGCCCUGCCGCUGGGUGGCCAGCCGUGGGCUGCCAUCAGCCAGACUAUCCCCGUCCUCGUCCGUGUAAGGUUAACCCACCGCCCAGCAAGGGACGGGUGCCCUCAUGUAGCUGACUCUUUAGAGCAGAGGGCACCCCCUUUCCAGGGAGGUAAAGCAGGGGACCAGAGCGCCCCCUCGUGUAUGCCCCCGGCUCAGGGGGCAAACUCAGGAGCUUCCUUUUAUCAUAAUGCACCCUGUAAUUCCACCCCCCAAGGGAAACAGUUUGAGAGGCAAAGACAGUGUUCUGCCCUGGACCAGCUGUGCCUGUCUCCUGUCUGGUCUCUCCCCAUGCCAGUGGCUGGGCUGGGCCUGCCCUCGGUGGAGAGAGAAGAAAGGAGAGGAACAGUCCUCUGUUCCCCAGUCCCUGGGGGGCCAAGCUUUUGCAGUGAAUAUUGGGAACCUUCCAGUGGUUUUAUGUUCUGUUUUGUUUUGUGUGUUGUUUGUAAAGCUGCCAUCUGACCAAGGUCUUCUGUGCUGAAGUUGCUGGGGACAGGCAGGGAAGAGGGGGUGGGGGUUCUUGGGGUGAUUUCUUUUGUUAACUAAGCAUUGUGUGGUUUUGCCAUUGUUUUGUAUUUUUUUUUUUUUUUGCUAACUUAUUUGGAUUUCCUUUUUUAAAAAACAAAUAAAGACUGGUUGCUAGAA